GGCUGAGCCAGAGCUUCAGCUUCCUCUCUGUCUCAGUGCACUGCAGCCUGCUGCUGCCUGCCUGUAGACUUAUAGUAGCGCUCACUGCUCUGUGCUGCUCUGAUGCUCACCCACACACCCACAGCUGUUCAGCCUGGCUAGUCCCACAGAGAGAGAAGCAGAGAGGCAGUGUGUCUCCAAGCCUCUACAAAACAGAAUCAGAUCCUUCUCACGAGCCUCUGUGUCCACUGCUACUCCACUGACUGACACGGAGCUGUACUCUACCAGCGGAGGUGCUGUGAGCGGCUGGAGGUCGUCAUGGCAACCCAGAGACAUGUACCCAGUGACAAUCUGGCUAGAACAUUCAGGUCCUGUGCCAGAAACCCUAGUGAGGUCAUCUCCACUAGACUGAGAGACAUGCUCCACACCUUCAUCCAGCACUACCAGGAACCAUGGGAAGAGAACCGCAGCCUAGACAGAGACAGAGGAGUGAAGUUCUCCAGCCAGACAGAGGCUUUGUACUACAGGGUUCUAGAGGCUGUCAUCAAUCAGGAGAGGAAGAGGCUGGGAGCCAAAGACCUUUCAGGCAUUCUGGAGCAUGAUCUGUUCCAGCGCUCUCUAGUGGCCUGUUGUCUGGAGAUGGUAAUCUUCUCCCAUCAGCCACCAGGCAGCUUCCCCCUGGCCAUUGACAUCUAUAGCCUGGCGCCAUUCGACUUCUACAAGGUGAUAGAGCUGGUGCUGCGGGCUGAGGAGGGCUUGCUGCCGGGUGUGGUCAGGCAUCUGACCCAUAUAGAGGAGCAGGUCCUGGAGAGUCUGGCCUGGAGGAGAGACUCACCACUCUGGGACCAGAUCAGAGCUGCUAAGGGUCAGGGACAGCUGCCUGCAUACCAUCAGGUGAUGCUCCCCCAAUACUCAGAGGACACAGACAAGAUGGCCAAGGUCCCUCCCAACCCUUCACACUUGACCCCAAGCCUUGUGAAUGGGAUCCAUGGAAAUGACCUGAACUCCCCGAUUACCCACCAUGAACACUACAGCUCACCCCCUGCUGGCUCAAAGACGGCUGCUUGCCCUGCCACCCCAGUCAGCCCAUCCCAGUCCUCCUCUGUCAUUGUUACUGGACAGACUGUAGUCACCAUGGCAUCAGCCACUGUCACCACCAACAAUGACCAGUCAGUCACCAUACCGGUUCGAGGCAUUGCCAACGACCGGGGAGCCAUCACAUUUACCCUCAGUGUUGUAGGUCAGCCCAUUCCUCCACAGCAAGUCUCCAGCACCUCUACCCAGCAGCCCCAGAACCCUCUACCCUCUACCCAGAGUAAGGGCUCCAUCUCACUGUUCCUCCGCAAGGUCUACCACCUGGUGAGCAUGCGUCUGAGGGACAUCUGUGUUAAACUGGACAUCUGUGAGGCGCUGCGGCUGAAGAUCUGGACCUGCGUUGAACACUCCUUGGUCCACUGCACUGACCUCAUGCUAGACCGACACCUGGACCAAAUACUCAUGUGUGCCAUCUAUGUCAUGGCCAAGGUAACCAAAGUGGACAUGCCCUUCAAGCUCAUCAUGCAGUGCUACAAGACUCAGCCUCAAGCAAGCAACUGUGUAUUCAGAAGUGUUCUGAUCUCAGGGAGAAACACCAAGACCUCACAAAACUCUCCUGGAGGAUCCAACAGAGAAAACAUUGAUGUAGACCCCAGCAGUAGCUUGCUUACCUACCAGAGCCCUCCCACCCAUCCUACAGGACGCAGAGCUCCCUGUAGACAGGACCAGGAGGAGAGAGGACACCUCAUCUAUUUCUACAACACCGUCUAUGUCAAACAGAUGAAGGACUUUGCCCUGCGCUACACCUCCAGCUCUUUGACCAUAACCGGGGUUGAAACCCCUCCCCUUUCGCCAUACCCCAUCCAGCGUAUUGGAUCCUUGCGCAGACUCCGCCCCUCCAACCACCAUUCCCUCUACAUCUCCCCCCACAAGCCUAGCACACACCCCUCCCCCCGCACUGGGUUCCUCUACUACGUGAGCAGAAGCCCCUCAAAGCGUCUGAGAGAGAUCAAUGACAUGAUGAGGACAUUUCAAUCACGCACCAGGAAGCGCUGUGCAGCCCAGCUGCAGGAGGACGGUGAGGAGGAGGGUGGGCCACUUGUGAAGAGACCCUGUCAGGAUAGACCUUCAGACUGGCAGAGAAAGCUCAGGGACCUCGGCCAGGACUUCAACCAGGCACUGACCAGGGCCCAGAACCAGCAACAAUCCCAGACCAGGGCCAAGGCACAGCACCAAGCAACGGCACACAAGGGGACACAUUGAUGACAUCUCACUUUCGUUGACUUACCGUCAUGCUUCAUACUUCCAUCAUCAGUGUCUGUGGUCCAUAUUCUUCAAAUAAGUGUAGACCUGCAAGGAGAAUGGAUGAUGUGGAUCUACAAUGUUAGAAAGAAUUGGCAUCAUUAGCACUCAAUGUUCAUGAUUAGAAAAGCUGAUUUGUAAUAAUAAUUAGGGUAUUGUUAUAAUCUGAGUGUAACUAGGGCUCUGUAUCAAAUAUCAUAUUAUACAUAUCAUAUACAGUAUAUAUUUCAACAUUUUAGUCCUCUGUGAACCAUGUCCUAGUUACCUAAGGAAGCAGUAAAGGAUUUGUGUUGGUACUGA